GCACAAGUUUUCUUCGAGCAGACGCGCUGCUAUCCUGCUAGUUUUUUGUUGUUGUUCCUAUAUACUCCAGCCUGACACCCCAAUCGAAAUGUCAUUCCAGAAAUUAAGGUCAUGUAAGAAUUCUUAGAGUUAGGUAUUUCUAGCUCUUGAAAUUCGUGGAGCUGAAGUUGUGGAGGUUGUUUGAGUGAGUUAUUUAUUUCUAUUUUAGUCAAAAAUAUAAAUUUAAAUCACUUUAUCUUAACCUACAAACACAAGAUUUGAUAUGAAACUGAGAGCAAAUGUAGUCUUCCAGAUAGGUUCCAAGAUAUUUGGCUACUUUCAAAGAUAUUCUGCACUAUCACUGUCGGUAGUUCAGAAUCUUCUCAGAUUCAGAAACCACCUCUUCCUCGUGCUGGCAAAUGCACACAAAGGGCAGCACCCACCAGCUCUUUCAGUAGUAAGAAGACACCGGCAGCGAGAGCACACACGUUGGGGAAAUUCAAGUCCACUUCCACACACGGGCGCAAACCUUAAGCCGGCCCUCCGUUGUCUAGAGAAAACAUCGAUGGCUGAAUUGCGAGCUAAGGAAAAGAAUCUGUGCAGAGAGAUGGUGUUGAUUGCGAAUGUCUCUGACUAUGAGGAGCUUGCAAAGCAGAAGCUGCCGAAGAUGGUUUAUGAUUUCUAUGCCUCAGGUGCAGAAGAUCAGUGGACGCUCAAGGAGAACAGAGAGGCAUUCUCCAGAAUUUUGUUUCGACCACGGGCACUGAUUGAUGUGUCCCAUAUCGACAUGUCCAUGAGUGUCUUAGGCUACAAAAUUUCCAUGCCUAUUAUGGUUGCUCCCACUGCUUUGCACAAAUUGGCCCACCCAGAAGGAGAGCUUGCUUCUGCCAGAGCUUCAGCUGCUGCAGGAACCAUAAUGACAUUAUCUUCAUGGUCAUCUUGCAGUAUUGAAGAAGUUAAGUCGACUGGAGCAGGAAUCCGUUUCUUCCAACUUUCAGUAUACAAGGACAGGAACUUAGUGCAACAACUCGUCAGAAGGGCUGAAAAGGCUGGCUAUAAGGCGAUUGCCCUCACCGUUGAUGCUCCACGGCUUGGUCGCAGGGAAUCUGACAUCAGGAAACAGGUAUUCACCUUGCCUCAAAAUGUGGUAUUGAAGAGCUUUGAAGGGCUGGAUCUUGGCAGCAUGGACAAGACAAAUGCUUCCGGCCUUGCUGCAUAUGUCGCUAGCCAGGUUGACAGCUCUCUUUCUUGGAAGGAUUUCAAGUGGCUACAGACAACUACCCGGUUGCCAAUCUUAGUUAAAGGAGUCAUAACAGCAGAAGACGCUCGAAUUGCCACCGAAUGCGGGUUUGCUGGUAUCAUCAUGUCCAACCACGGUGGCCGCCAGCUAGACUAUCUUCCUGCAACCAUCAGCUGCUUAGAAGAGGUUGUCAGAGAAGUAAAGGGGCGUGUCCCUGUGUUCCUCGACGGCGGCAUCCGCCGUGGCACUGACGUGUUCAAGGCACUGGCGUUGGGAGCCUCAGGAGUAUUCAUCGGCCGGCCGUUGCUGUUCGCCCUUGCCGUGGACGGUGAGGCUGGCGUGAGGAAUGCGCUACAGAUGCUGAGGGACGAGCUCGAGAUCGCCAUGGCGCUGAGCGGCUGCGCGUCGCUGAAGGAGAUCACCCGCGACCACGUUUCCACUGAGAGCGACAGGAUCCGUCGCUCUCGUCUGUAGGCUGUGUCACACUGAAACUCCAGGGGUGCUGUUGAACUUGAAUCGAAUUGCUCUUUGCAUAGUUGCAUGCAUGACUGUUUAGGUUCGGAGAUUCACUAGUUUGAGACAAUCUGCAGCCCUUGUGCUCCCGUUUGAUGAUUUCGGAUAAUAACGAAAGAUGGAUUGCAUUCUUGUUGUAAUUCGUUAUGGUGAUUUGUAAAUCUGUUGUCCUUGUGCUCAA